UGCAGAUACAACCAUUUGUCUUGCGCAAGAGGCUUCAGUGGGAACUGAGAGUGCAUCAGUAGAUGAGCAGCUGACUAUGAAUUCUGAGCAAGUCAUGCAUAAAUUAGGCAAUGAAGUCACAUCUGAGGACCUGGAACUACCAGAGAGAAUCUCCAGCAAUUUACAGGCCAUCGGUCCUUAUCCAGAUGAAGGGCCGUCUACAAAGUGCAGUAUACUGGAAUGUGGAAAGAAUGAUAUGAAUUAUGAACCUGUGAUUUCUCAUCAAGUUAUCCCAGACUUAAAUCAAGAGACAUCAGUAGCAUAUCUCCAAAGAGAACUGGAGAUUCUCAGAACAAGCAAUAAAAAGCUUCAAGAAAAAUUGACUAAAGAAGAUAAGGAAAAGAGAAAAUUAAAGCUUAAGUUGGAACUCCACGAGAAAGCAGCAGCGGCUGAAAUUGCUGAGAGGACAGCAGCUUUGGUUGAAGAAGUGUAUGUUGCACAGCGAGAACGCGAUGAAGCUAUUAUGUGCAGACUGCAGUCAGCUCUUGAGGAGAGGGAUGAAGCAGUUGCACGUGUGAAGCACAUGGAAAUGUCACUAAAACUGCUAGAAAAUAUUAACCCUGAAGAAAAUGACAUGACAUUACAGGAAUUACUGAGCAGAAUAAACAAUGCAGACACUGGGAUAGCUAUUCAGAAGAAUGGAGCUAUAAUUGUGGAUAGAAUCUACAAGACCAAGGAGUGUAAAAAGAGAAUAACCGCAGAAGAAAUGAAUGCAGUGAUAGAAGAGCGGGAUGCGGCUUUGUCUCAGUGCAAACGGCUGCACCAGGAGCUUCAUCGUCUGAAAGAGCAGAGGCAGACUUCAGCAAACAACACGAGACAUCCGACUGCUGAAAACAAUCAGGAACGUGCUCUGAAGGCAAAAUUACUGUCGAUGCAGCAAGCCAGAGAAACUGCAGUUGAACAGUACAAAAGGCUGGAAGAAGAAAUACAGACAUUACGAGUUUACUACAGUUUACACAAAUCAUUAUCUCAAGAAGAAAACUUGAAGGAACAGUUUAACCAUGCCCUUAGUACCUAUGAAGAAGCCUUAAAAAACAGAGAGAGUGUUGUUUCCAUCACUCAGCAGCAGAACGAAGAACUGGCCACCCAACUUGAACAUGCUCUGACUCAGCAAGCCAACAUGGAAUUACAGCUUCAGUGUGCUGUAGAGGUCUCCCAAGCAGCCAAUGAAAAAGUUCAGAAGUUAGAAAGACUGGUGGAUGUCCUGAGGAAGAAGGUUGGAACAGGCGCUGUGAGGACAGUGAUCUGACUGAAAAACACCCAGUCUGGGGCAAGCAAUCACAUCUGGUGGCCAGGCUGCUUCAUUCAACACUGUGUAAACACUAAAAGCCUUAACUUAGCAAACAGUUGUUAGAAGUGGGACACUCCAACCACAUUCCAAGCUGAGAUAAAAUCAAAUCACAAAUGUUUAACCACUUUGCUGCUGACUUCAACUAUUUAUCCAAAUAUAUUAACUACGGGCUUUUACCAAUUAUAACGCCGCAGCUUGUUUUGUAGCUAUUUUAUAUUUGUGCCUUUAAUGUAAUUCUUUCUGCCGGUGUACUAUAAAAAUGUGCGAAGUCGGUCAGGAGUGUACCCUCGCAUAUGGCCCUUUCUGAAUCGAAGUGCAGUAAAGUAAAUAUUGUCUAAGCCUUAAUCCACUGUGUUAGGUCACAACUUCAAAUAAAUGCGUUUUCAGUAUAGAGUAUAUUUCUUAACUGAUGGGAGAAGUUCAGACAUGAGAGAAUGUAGCCUACCUUCAAUGUAUUGUGUAGCUUUUGUUCUUAAUAUGGAAGAAUAUUAAGUAUAGAUGCCAUGAGUGAAGUGUAUAAUUUGCUUUAAUAGUACAUUAAGAUGGCAGCCAUCAAGGCAUGGUUUUGUUUCACUAUAGGUAAUAUACACUGUUUUCAAUAAAAAGAUUAUUAAUGUGCACUUGAUUCACUAUAGAUAAUAUAUACUGUUUACAAUAAAAAGGUUAUUAAUAUGCACUUAUGUAUACAUAUUAUUGGUAUUUUUUUAAUGUUGAGUAUGGGUGAUUAUCUGAGUGUCACUUAAGCUGUAGAAAUAACCAAGUUUCUGCUCAUAGUCUGGGACACUUUGGGCUUGAAAAUUAGCAUGUGCCAGUCAGCAUGUCUAGCCUAAAAGGCAAGAAAGAAGACAUCAAACCUGUUAGCAUUCUUGCUAUUUUUUAGAUUAUGAUUUUUGGUGUGGUAGAAGAGAACCUAAUAGAUAAUUAUACAAAAAGUAUAGUGUCCAAUAUGAGGACUUAGAAAAAAAGCAUUCUUGCAAUUUGGUUCAAGUUAUCCACUUUUGAAUUUAUUUAAGACAUAAGCCACUUCUCAUCAUAGAUGUUAUGAAUAUUCAUGGAGAAUAUUGUCAGUUUUACAGAUUGGAUAGCUGAAAGGCCACUCCUGGAACAGGAUGAAAUGAGCAAAAAAUAUUGAGUUAGUGAAAAUUUUAUAGGCAGAAACUUUUCUAAGUUCCUAAUUCAUCUGUAAGAAUGAGCUAAAUUAUUUAUCGUUUCCUGUUUUCAGGAUAAAUAUAUUCAGAAUGAUAGGCUAUACCAUUCUUCCAUGUGCUAUUGGAAAAUAUCCUUUUUAUGUAUCUUUUAACUGUAGAAUAUUCUGAGGCCCUUUGUCAUAAAUGAAAUAUGAAACAGAACACUGACAUACUCUGUUUCCUCCUUACUAAAUCUGUAAAAUGAAGCUAACAGAUAAUUAGAAUCAUCUCACUGCAUUCAAAUUUGAAAUUCACUCACACUCUUAGUGAUUUUUAAACUAUGAGAAUUAGAAGAUAAAUGAUAGCAGGCAUUAAAAGUAAGCUAACUGCAUCUGUUCCAUGGUCACAGAGAGUGUCACAGCCUCUGAUAGACCAGGGACCACUUAGUCACAGAAGCUAGUGCUUGAGUCGCUUCCUUGGGCUCCGUAACAACGCCCUGUGUGAAGACACAGCAUCUCCUAAGUUACCCGGGGAUACAGGUAAGUAAAGAAAAAAGCCAUUCCCGACUGCUCUUAACAUAAUCACAGGUAAAGCUGAAUGUUCAGUUUGGUCUUGAGAAACAGACGCUUUCCUUAAGUUAUUUACUCUGAAAUCUUAGAAUACACAUGGUGAAAUAAAAACAUUUUACAACUUCCAAACGUCACUUAGAGCAACCGGUUCCUGGACAGUUGUACAGAGCAAGGUACUAAAAAAAAUGAAACCCAGAGAACAACUCCGACACCCACUAUUCUUCAGCACAGGUGUCCCAAGGCAUUCAACGCCAGGCCAGACAACUUCUGUCUUGAUUUUGCACACUUGAGAACGCCCAACAGCAGUCUUCCACCUCAUCGCUAUUUUUUACGAAGGACUAACCACUGAACACCAAGAUGCCAAUUCCUGAGAAGCCGGGCAACUGCCGAGAAUGCCACUCUCCACAGUGUUUUCUGCUUUAGGCAUUACCAUAUCUGUUCCUAUAGGAGCAUGGGAGCUCCCUUUUUUUUUUUUUUUUUUUUUUUUGGUUUUUCGAGACAGGGUUUCUCUGUGUAGCUUUGCGCCUUUCCUGGAACUCACUUGGUAGCCCAGGCUGGCCUCGAACUCACAGAGAUCCGCCUGGCUCUGCCUCCCGAGUGCUGGGAUUAAAGGCGUGAGCCACCACCGACCGGUGGGAGCUCCCUUCUUAAAGUAAGCAAGACUUUAAAGAAAAGACUACUAUUGGUCAUAACACUUGAUCUGCAAAAUCAUCAUUUCACAUCUUUUUUUUUUCUUUGACUCUACCAGUAGCCACAUGAUAAUUGCUCUACAGAUUUUAGCAUUGGUUUUUAUUGUUUUUCUGGUGAUUGUUAUUACAUUCAUUCUGAUAAGGAAGCAAAUGAAGAGCCUCUUGGAAGUUCUGAGGACUGAGGUCUCAGGACUGACCCCCGUUAAAUUAUAGGGCUCUCCGUCUCUCUGUAAGAAAUAGUAUGGUAAAUAUUUUUAUUUUCAAUUAUUUGUUAAUUCUUGAUCAUUUCCCAUUAAUCAUAUUUACCACUAACUCUUCCCAGAUCUUCCCAACAUCCCUGCCUGGUCCAACUUUGGAUCUUGUUUUCUUUUUAAUUUAAUAACCCAGCAACCUCAUUUGUGCUGCCCAUAUAACUUUUCAUGUAGGGCCGUCCACUGGAGCAUAGCAAAGGUGUCAGUGUCUGCCACUAGAGAGAUGUCUUGGUGAUCGGAUUUCUUAGAAAACCCAAGGUUAAUUCCCAGCACCCAAGUCAAGUGCCUCAUAACUACCUAUAACUCCAGUCUGGGGGAUCCAACACCCUCUGACCUCCAUGAGCACCUGUAUGCACACAAGACACAUACAACUCAAGUAGGCACACACACAACCAUAAAUACAAAAUAUUUAGAUUAGAAGUGAUGUCUCAAAAGAUACAUUUUUAACUUCUGUAAUUUCUGCUACUGUUGUUCGGUUUCCUCUUUACACUUAUGCAGGAAUUCUCUAGUAAUCUAAAAAAUUAUUGCAUCUCUUUCUGUGUUUUGAACUACACACAUAAAUCCCUUGAUGUUAUUCUCAUCUUUGCAUGUACUUGGUCUCACUUAAACAUAGGCAGGAGUUAUUCUGAACUGUUUCUAAUGUGGUCUGUUCCAAACACCUAACACUGCAGUGUUAUAGAAUGGUAGAGUAUAUUUCCAUGCGCACUCUGCUUUGUAGAGCACAUAUCUGAUAAAAAACAAAAACAAAAACAAAAACAAAACAAAACAGCUAUAGGCAAAGUAAUGGGUUACAAGCAACAUAUAAGCACUACAACAAAAUCAGUGAUUAAUAUAUAAUAACUUUGAUUUUGAUAAAUGAGCCAUUGUGUUUAAGGUAAUUAAAAUAGUAAAAAAAAAAUACUUCAUGAAAUACAUAUUUUAAGCUUCUGUUUUUUGUAUUUCAUUAACCAAACAAACUGAAGAAUCUUCUUAUUGGGUCGCUUACUAAUAGAGUUUUCAUUUCACACACCCAAAAUAAAAACAGGUUUAAAAGAGGCUUGUAGCUUUAGUAUGAAAAGGGUUACAUAGAAAUACCCUUGUGCACAGUUUUUAGAGAUCAUAAUAACUUCUUGAUAUUGCCACCUUCACAUGGUGAUUACACAUCUGGCAUUCUAUGGUGAAAUAACUGUGACAGAUGUUCAAUCAUCUUCCAUGUGAUUUGAAUGAUACACUGAUUUUUCACAUAAAACAAUGUGUUCUUGGUAACUCGUUCACAGCUAACCCUGUAUUUGCACAUUGCAUACAUAACCACAGACACACACAAAAGCACAUUCGCCUCUUUAAAACUGAUUUGUAAGUCAGUUGUUAGGCUCCGGCGAGUUCAGCAUCUUGUGCAUGUUUUAUUGGAAGUGCAUGUGGUUUCUGGGGUUUUUAAACAAAUACAUGAAAUGGUUGAAAGAUUUAUAUUGCCCAUGCUUAACUAAAUAUGUCAUCUCUAGAAAAGAUGUGAUUUAUUUUGGCACUGUUCUAAAACUCAAAUAUUUUAAACAUUUGUUGAGUCGGAGCUUGAACUAGUAGCAUACGUUCCAAACUAGCAUCUCAAGUUACCAAACGUUUUGUAAUCCUUUUACUGAAACAGCCCUCUUUGAAAAGCUUUUUCUCUUUCACUGUGUUCUUCAGUGUGAGUUUAAAUUCAUAAAGGUUGAAGUUGUUUUUAAUGUAGGGUUUCAUAAAGAGAGUUUGACAAUGAUAAAUGUGUGUUUUUAAGAAUCAUUAAAAUGAUUUUUACUAAUGAGAAUCCUUUGCAGAA